AUGGUUCCCGUCAAGAACUUCCUCGAGCCGGGUUCCAUGGUGGCUUUGUGGAACAUCCAUCACCAGCGCUUCUUGAAGAUGGACAUCCAUUCGAUGCAACCCAGCCCAAAGCAUUCCCAAGACAUGCCCAACUCUUGGGGAGCGGAGCGCUUCAGAGUGGUGGAUGCGGGCAAUGGCAUGGUUGCACUGCACAGUCGCCAUCGGAAUCGUUUCGUGAAGCUGUACUGGGAUGGUCAUCACAAUCAGCAUAUGAUGGGCAUCAGCGACGAGUCUCCCGACACAAGCGUGGAGCUCCCUGACGGCUGGGAAUUUGACCACGCCUUUGUCCCCGUCCCGAUCCGCAUGCACCUGGGUCACACCGACAUCGCGCUGUGGAAUCCUUGGCACCACCGCUUCUUGCCAGAGUUUCCAUGA